CUCCUCGCGAUCUGGUAUGCAGCGGACAGAACACCUCUAUCCGCUCCACUCACAAUCACAUCAGAUUCCCGAUACGGAAUCAACGGCCUCACAAAGCACCUACCUAAGUGGGCGGACAUGGGUUGGAUCGGUAUAUCCAACGCCUACCUCUUCCAAGCCACCGCGGCCAUACUCCAGCGAAGAGGAAACAAGUCGUACCUAGAAUGGGUCAAAGGUCACAAUGGAAACGCUGGGAACGAAGGAGCUGACGAACUGGCCGGCGCGGGGACGGAACUUGAACACAGCGAUCUCAACGUUCACAUACCCCAACGUUUUAGGCUCACAGGAGCCAAACUAGUUAAGGCGACACAGUCGCUCUUAUACAAAGGUCUAAGAAUGAAAGAAAACAAACCGGUCCGUAACAGGACAAGCCAAGAGCUCAGCGAGGCGAGACAGGGAGUUAAAAACCUAUGUGGCAGAACGUUAACCGAUGCCCAAAUCUGGGACUCCAUACGACACAGGGACUUCUCCAGAGGAUACCGCACCUUCAUAUGGAGGGUACUACAUGCUGGUUUCAAAUGCGGAUCAUACUGGGAAAACAUACAGAAUUAUGAGCAUAGAGGAACGUGCCCAUGCUGUAACGAUACGAGCGAAACAACAAGACACAUACUCACAGAGUGCUCAGCAAGAGGAAGAGUACUAAUCUGGAGCCUGGCAAAACGACUCUGGGAGCGAAAGGGCAUGCAAUGGCCAAAUGCUUUCAGCUAUGGUACAAUCCUAGGCUGCGGAGUGAGCGACUUCAAGACGGGGGACGGAAAGAGACUACCCGGGGCAAACCGACUGUGGCGCAUCCUCAUCUCUGAAUCCGCCCACCUUAUAUGGAAAUUGUGUUGUAUCCGUCGCAUACAACAUGAAGAUGACCCUGAGAUGAGCUUCUCCCACAAUGAAAUCCAUAACAAAUGGGUCUUCACUAUGAACCAACGGCUAUCACUUGACCGAAGCACAAGUAAUAAAAUGAAAUUCGGAACAAAAGCCACCCGACCAGAUCUCGUGCUCAAAACAUGGAACGGGACUCUCCUCAACGAGGAAAAUCUGCCGGAGAACUGGCUCUGGCAGGCUGGGGUUUUAGUAGGUAUACCAUCAAGAAGGACUCGAGACCCGAGACCAGACGGAUGA